GGCUCGGCUAGUUUUUGCCGCAUAAAUCACGCUGGGCACGCGCUGCGCGUUUCAACGCUCGACGGCAGCAAGCACUGCGCCGUUUUUGCUGCUCGCGCCGAGCCGUGCACCAAACCAGUGCAAAACCCAAAAAAGGCAGCAAGCAAGAAAAAAUGCCAACACAACAACGCCCGCGCUCCCGCACGCCGCCGCCGACCGAUAGGACCAAGAGCCCCCUGCCGCCGACGCCCACGCGGCAAGCUAGACGCCUCUGGCUCACUUCCAGUUUAACGCAGUCCUUCAAGACGCCGUCGAGAUGGGAGCAGACGAUCCUCGUGGUGAAGAUGGCUGUAAGACUCACCUGGAUGACGGUGCGAGGGUCCCCUUUGUGGGUCGUGAACUUCAUCCGACUGAUCCUGUACGCGCUGUUCUGCGCGCCGGCCCUAGCAAGAAGUAUCCGGUACUACUUUAGUGGAGCGGUCGAUCGAUCGCUGCGGUACGGUCCCAAGGUGAGGCACACGGCGGACGUCUACCGGCCGAUAGCUAUUCGAGGCGAAAAAGCCCCGACCGUCAUCUUCGUGAGCGGUGGCGCGUGGGUCAUCGGCUACAAGGCCUGGGCGUCGCUGACCGGACGAGCGUUGGCGGCGCACGGCGUGCUCGUCUUCGCGCCCGAUUAUAGGAACUGCCCGCAAUGUGAUGUGCAUGGCAUGGCUUCGGAUGUGGACCUGUCGAUCGGGUGGUGCCUCGAGAAAUGUGAAGAGUACGGCGGCGAUAGAGACAAUGUCGUGUUGGUCGGGCAGAGCGCGGGCGCGCACCUUUGUGCUCUUGUACUAUUAAGGGGCCCGGUCCACUGGCGGCCGACGGAUCUGAGAGGCUUUGUCGGUAUUUCUGGACCGUACCACGUGCCGGCGACGGCGGCGCACUGGCGCGCGCGCGGCUUCGGGCAGGCCAUGCUCGAUUUCAUCUUCGGGGACGAGGCGGGCAUGCUCCUCGCGUCGCCUUCGUAUCUCGCGGCGCGCGCGGAGGAAGUCGAGCUGCCCCCGAUGCUGUUGUUGCACGGCACGGCGGACAAGAGCGCGACGGCCCAGUCGACGCUCGACUUCGCGGCGGCGCUGGAAGAUCUGGGCGUCGACGUACAUACAAAGCUCUACGAGGGCUGGACGCACACGGACCCGAUCCUCGAGCGGCCCUUCGCGGGCGACCAGCGCCUGCACCGGGAUUUGUUGGAGGCCGUAUCAAAAUGGUGCGACGGGCCCGUCGCACCCUUCGCCGACGACACGCCGGGGCUCGGGCGCCUCUGCCCGCAGGUGCUGAUCGAGCUGGGGCGGCGCUGCAUGCCGUUCUAGAUGACGCGUGGCCACAUGCCUGUGACUCUAUACCACUCCAACGCCGUCGCGGUGACGGCGUCGGAUGGGCGUCGGCGUAAGUGUGCUGUUGAUUCAUUAGACUUCAAUUUAUGUUCAGAAAAACAGAGGUAUGGACAUCCAUGUGAUGGGUUUGUGGCGAAUUGGGGAGGAGGGGGGCGUCGGGGCCG